AUGAGGUCCUCCUUGCAGGCAGUGGCACUCUGGGGAAAGAAGGCCCCUCCACACAGCAUCACCGCCAUCAUGAUCACUGAUGAUCAGCAAAUGAUUGUGACAGGAAGUCAAGAGGGUCAGCUCUGUCUCUGGAAUCUCUCAUCUGAGCUAAAGAUUUCAGCCAAAGAACUUCUUUUUGGUCACUCAGCUUCGGUGACGUGUUUGGCGAGAGCGAGAGACUUCUCUAAACAGCCCUUCAUAGUUAGUGCUGCUGAAAAUGGGGAGAUGUGUGUUUGGAAUGUCACCAACGGACAGUGCGUGGAGAAGGCCAUACUUCCUUACAGGCACACUGCAAUCUGUUAUUACCACUGCUCAUUCCGGAUGACAGGAGAAGGCUGGCUUCUGUGUUGUGGAGAAUAUCAAGAUGUUCUUAUAAUUGAUGCUGAAAGUUUGGUUAUUGUUCACACUUUGGUAUCAUCUCAGUCUCCUGAUUGGGUCAACUGCAUGUGCAUUGUUCACUCCAUUAGAAUUCAAGAAGACUCUCUCUUGGUAGUGUCAGUAGCUGGUGAGCUCAAAGUAUGGGAUCUCUCUUCAUCUAUCAACAGCAUUCAGGAAAAGAAAUACAUUUAUGAAAAGGAAUCCAAAUUUCUUAAUUCCCUGAACUGCUGGACAAUACGAUUUUGCACAUAUACAGAGAGACUUCUACUGGUGGUAUUUUCUAAAUGUUGGAAGGUUUACGAUUAUUGUGAUUUUUCCCUUCUUUGGACUGAAGUUAGUGGGAGCGGACAAUUCUUUGCUGGUGGAGAGGUGCUUGCUGCUCACAGAAUCAUCAUCUGGACAGAAGAUGGUCACAGUUAUAUCUAUCAGCUGCUGAACAGUGGGCUUUCAAAAAGCAUAUACCCUGCUGAUGGAGGAGUUCUUAAAGAGACCAUUUAUCCACAUUUACUGUGCUCUACUUCUGUGCAGGAGAAUAAGAGCCUUCCCUUUGUUAUGGGCUACAUGAAUGAAAGGAAAGAGCCAUUUUAUAAAGUACUUUUCUCUGGAGAAGUAUCAGGAAGAAUUACUUUGUGGCAUAUCCCUGAUGUUCCUGUACCCAAGUUUGAUGGUUCUCCUAAAGAGAUACCAAUAACUACCACCUGGACCCUUCAAGAUAAUUUUGAUAAGCAUCAUACCAUGUCACAAAGUAUUAUUGACUACUUCUCUGGGUUUAGAGAUGAGAAUGGAACUGCAGUUGUCACUUCAUCAGAGUAUGUUCCAAGUCUUGAUAAACUAAUAUGUGGCUGUGAAGAUGGGACAAUUUUCAUUACACAGGCUUUGAAUGCUGCCAAAGCAGGACUUCUAGAAGGCGGUUCUUUACUAAAAGGUUCCCUUCCUCAGAAAGUUCUCAAAGGCCAUCACCACAGUGUCACUUCCUUGCUUUAUCCACAUGGUCUCUCUUCAAAAUUAGACCAAAGUUGGCUGGUAUCUGGGGACCAGGACUCAUGGGUCAUUUUGUGGGAUAUCUUUACUGAAGAAAUUUUGCAUAAAUUCUUUUUGCAAGCUGGUCUAGUAACAAGUCUUUUGAUGUCACCAGAGAAUUUCAAACUACGCAGUCAUCAGGAAAUUUGCUGUGUGUGCAGUGACCAUUCUGUGGCUCUCCUUCACCUUGAGGGGAGGAGGUGCCUCCUGAGUGCCCGGAAGCACCUUUUCCCUGUGAGGAUGAUUAAAUGGCAUCCCAUUGAGAACUUUUUAAUUGUUGGAUGUGCAGAUGACUCUGUUUAUAUCUGGGAAAUUGAAACAGGCACUUUGGAAAGACAUGAAACGGGAGAAAGAGCAAGGAUUAUUCUUAAUUGUUGUGAUGAUUCACAGCUUCUAAAGCCUGAAUCUGUAUUUCCAGUUGCCUCAGAGACACAUAAGCACAAAAUUGUAGAACAGAGGUCCUUCAGCUCCAACCAAUUCGGGCCAAUACCUUGCCCUGGUCUGCAGGUGGAGUCUUCAUGUAAGGUUGCUGAUGCCAAACCUUUCUCAGGACCUUUUAAUGUCUUGCCUGUGAAGACAAAAUGGAGUAACAUUGGCUUUCAUAUCCUUCUAUUUGAUCUGGAAAACCUUGUGGAACUUUUGCUGCCGACUCCGAUCUGUGACGUUGACCCUUCCAAUUCAUUCUAUGGCAGUGAGAUCCUGAGAAGAGCCAAAAGCACAGUAGAGAAGAAAACACUGACACUGAAAAGGAAUAAAACUGCCUGUGGUCCUCUCUCAGUAGAGGCACAAGCCAAGCCUGUUAGUGAAAGCCCAGGCCAAGGAGAAAAUACCAUCAAAUUAUCAGAAGAAAAUGACAGCAUUAAAAGGCAGAAGAAAAUAAAGAGCUCCAAAAAGAUGCAUCCUAAGCAAUCAAGAAAAGUAAAUGUCAACCUCACGAUAGACACAGCUAAAUUGCUCCUAUCUUGCCUUUUGCCAUGGGGAGUUGAUAAAGAAUUAGACAAUCUCUGCAUUAAGCAUCUCAAUAUUUUAAAGCUUCAGGGUCCUGUUUCUUUAGGACUUGCUUCAAAUGAAGAUCACUUCUCAUUGAUGCUGCCAGGUUGGGAUUUAUGCAAUGCUGAAAUGAAAAAAGACUAUUCAAAAGUAAAUUUAUUUUCCCAAAGAGUUUUGGACUUGUCAAAUAAAUACACUUCCACCCUUCCAAAUCAGGCUGGGAGGCCAAGAGAACUGGAAAAUAAUUCUGAUACUUUGCAAGAGCCAAACACUAUAGCUUACUUAUUGAGCAAACUAUUUUUAGUUAAUAAGUUAGUUAACAUGCCUUUAGAACUGGUGUGUGGAAUUGACAGUUCUUUCAAAAUGGAGUCUGUGCAUAACAAGAUGAAAAGCCCUGGGAGUGAUAUUUUAAAUAUUUCAAGCUUCUACGGUUAUUUACGAAAUGGUAAGAGUGAAUCCCAUCAACCUGAAGCUGACGUUUCACUUUUGAAGCUAAUUUCCUGUUGGAGAGACCAGUCUGUCCAGGUAACUGAAGCAAUACAAGCUGUUCUUCUGGCGGAAGUUCAAGAGCACAUGAAGACCUUAAGAAAGACACCAGUCAACAGUGAAUCAGUGUUUGUGGCAGAGAAUGGUGACUAUGAGAUGAUGCAGAUCCUGCCAAAGAUGGAAUGGACCAAGGAGCCAGAGUUACAGUGUAUUACAGACACUUUGCCUCUGCAAACUCCAGUCAGUCCGGUCAAGCAUGACAGCAACUCAAAUUCGGCAAACUUCCAAGACACCGAGGACAUGCCUGACAGAUGUGUCUUGGAAGAGUCUGAGAGUCCAGGUGAACGAAGUCAUCAUUUAUGGAUAGCAAAGGUGUGCUCCUGCAAGCUGUGCUAA